AUGACCACCCGGAAGUCAUCGCGAAAUUCUGUUGCCGGUCCGUCCUCAAGGGCCGGGGACAGACCCCCACCUUCUUCCACACGCCUUCGACCGACGCGAGGUGCAGCACGCGUGGUGUCCGAAGACGAACUUCCGUCGCAAAAGAGAUCGUACAAGGCGAAAGGUAAACCACGGGCGUCUUUACCUGCUGCUCGGUCCAAGGCGAAGCCGUUGCCACCUGUCGACGAUUUCGUUGAUCCGACGUAUCCACGGCCGGAUGAGUGGGAUGAUAGAAAUGUCUUCAUCAGAUACAAGACUUGCCAGCUCAGCGGGAAUACCUGGGGAGUAGGGGACUUUGUUCAUGUCAAAGGGGAGAGUUCCGAGGGUCAGGAGAUACCCCAAGAUUGGACUGCCCGCAUCCUCCAUGUUAGAGCGGAAGGCGGACAACGUGUCUUCUGUGGAGUCGACUGGGUCUUUACCAGCAUGAAGAUGAUGCUCGACCAGAACUGUCGCAAUCCGCCCCAUAAGAAGACCGUACAAUUCCCGACCGAGGUGGUUCUGGGCCAAGGACAGCAACUCGGUUCGAUUAUCUCGAUACAAUGCAUCAACGACUAUGCCAAAGUCGUGCAUUUCGACGAGGCGGAUCCUCUGCAGCCUCCGAUCAUGUAUGAUGGGACUGCGUUCUAUCGCUCCAGGUUCCGUCCAUCGACAGAUGAGGAGAUCGAGAGGGAGGAAGCAGCAGCGGCGAAGAGUACAAGCCAGACGCGCAAGUCGCGGAUGUGGAACGCUCGUUUCCCCAUGCACGAGUUUGAGCACCCUACGACCUGCUUCUGCGCCAGGCGGUAUAUCCCUCUCCCUGCUGGCUCAGAGCCGAUGGUGCUCUGUCCUCGAGAUGGCUGCAAGAAAUGGUUCCAUUUCUCCUGCCUCGAUAAGCGGUCCGCCCAUCGCUUACACGGCGCCACGGCCAUCGCCGACCUCACCUCGUCCGGCCUGGACCUCCUACACACCGAUCGUCUCACCCGCGGCGACUAUAUCGAACAGCACGCCGCAUCAGCGGAAGCAUCCUCCUUGACAUCCCACCUCUCCCGAUUACCGCGCGACGAGCGCGGCAUCCCUAUCUCCCUCCUCCGCGCAGCGGAAUCAUCCAUCACUCGCGGUACCUACGCCAUGGGUAUAGUCGGUAAUGCGCGCGCUGUGCUCGAGGCCAGGGAGGUGUACCAGCGCGUCCGACAGUGUCUGGACGCAGCUGCAAAUCGGCCGGACAUGCGGAAACGGAAGAGGGGGGCAAAGGUGGUUGUGGAGAUAGGCGGUGACCAAUUCUCGGAGCAUGUAGAUGCGGAGACGAAGGCGAAGGUGGCGGCCUGGAUGAAGGUGUUCGGGGCGCGGGGGAGUUACCUGGAUGAGGAGGAUGAAGGGACGAGAGGGAGAAGAGAGGAUUGUUGGGUGUGUCCAGAUUGCCAGGCGGCGAUCUAG